CCCGGGGCCGCCUCCCCAGCCUCUAGCACCCAGAGCCUCAACCUUCACCAGUCAGAACGCUUUUGCCUGGACCUUGCCCGCUGCUCCGCUGGCGAGGCUGCAAAGCUGCAACACAGUGGAGUUGGCCUCCCUGCCCACCUGUGGAAGAAGCUCGCGCAGAUUGAUGCGCCAUCGACAUUUUUCCCCUUCGGCCUUCUGGCGUCCCCUCCCACAAAUGCGGCAUCACCCAGUGAAUAUACAUUAGGGUGAUUCCCCCCAGCCUCGGGCUUUGUUUGGGUUUGAUUGUGUUUGGCUCUUGGCUAAGCUGAUUUAUGCAGCAGAGCCCCAUCGGCUGGAGAGAAACAAAAGCUCUUUUCUUUGUCCCGGAGCGGGCUUUGGAGCCCUCGAUCGCGUCGCCGCCGCUGGCCAUCGGCCGUCGGAGGAGGUGCUUUUCGCGGAGACUCCAGGGCUGGCCGAGUGGAUCUGGGAGGGCCGCGGGAGCCCUGAGAUGCAGAGCAGUGCUCGGGCCCACGUACCUGCACAGCUUGCUCAGAGCCGCGAGAUCCGUCUGCCCGGCCUGAGGGAAACAUCCUAGAGAUUCCCAGUCUUUUGGUCCCGAGGUGCGCCCGGGAGGCAAGAGCGCUCUACAGGGAAGGAGCCUGGCGGCAGGCGCGGGUAGGGCUGCUUUGCAUUAUGUGCGGCUCGGCCCUGGCUUUUUUUACCGCUGCAUUUGUCUGCCUGCAAAACUGCCGGCGAGGUGCUGCCUCAUUUCUUCGGGCGGCCUGGGUAUUUUCACUUGUUCUUGGACUGGGACAAAGUGAAGACAAUAGAUGCACAUCUUCAGACGCAGUGUCCUGUGCCAGGUGCCUUGAGCUGGGUCCAGAAUGUGGAUGGUGUGUUCAAGAGGAUUUUAUUUCAGGUGGAUCAAGAAGCGAACGUUGUGAUAUUGUUUCCAAUUUAAUAAGCAAAGGCUGUUCAGUUGAUUCGAUAGAAUACCCAUCUGUACGUGUAAUCAUACCAAGUGAAAAUGAAAUUAACACUCAAGUGACACCAGGAGAAGUGUCAAUUCAGCUGCGUCCAGGAGCUGAAGCUAAUUUUAUGCUGAAAAUUCAUCCUCUGAAGAAAUAUCCUGUGGAUCUUUACUAUCUGGUUGAUGUAUCAGCAUCGAUGCACAAUAACAUAGAAAAAUUAAACUCCGUUGGAAAUGAUUUAUCUAGAAAAAUGGCAUUUUUCUCCCGUGACUUCCGCCUUGGAUUUGGCUCAUAUGUGGACAAAACUGUUUCACCAUACAUUAGUGUCCACCCUGAAAGGAUUCAUAAUCAAUGCAGUGACUACAAUUUGGACUGUAUGCCUCCCCAUGGGUACAUCCAUGUGCUGUCUUUGACAGAAAACAUCACUGAGUUUGAAAAAGCAGUUCACAGACAAAAGAUCUCUGGAAACAUAGACACUCCCGAAGGAGGGUUCGACGCCAUGCUUCAGGCAGCUGUCUGUGAGAGUCACAUUGGAUGGCGAAAAGAAGCUAAAAGAUUGCUGCUGGUGAUGACAGAUCAGACAUCUCAUCUUGCUCUUGAUAGCAAAUUGGCAGGCAUCGUGGUGCCGAAUGACGGAAACUGCCAUCUGAAAAACAAUGUCUACGUCAAAUCGACAACCAUGGAACAUCCCUCUCUGGGCCAACUUUCGGAAAAACUAAUAGACAACAACAUUAAUGUCAUUUUUGCAGUUCAAGGAAAACAAUUUCAUUGGUACAAGGACCUUCUACCCCUUUUGCCUGGCACCAUUGCUGGUGAGAUAGAAUCAAAGGCUGCUAACCUCAACAAUUUGGUAGUAGACGCCUACAAGAAACUCAUUUCAGAAGUGAAAGUGCAGGUGGAAAACCAGGUACAAGGUGUCUAUUUCAACAUCACAGCCAUUUGUCCAGAUGGGGCCAGAAAGCCAGGCACCGAUGGAUGUGGAAAUGUGACAAGCAAUGAUGAAGUUCUUUUCAAUGUAACAGUUACAAUGAAAAAAUGUGAUGUCACAGGAGGAAAAAACUAUGCAAAAAUCAAACCUAUUGGUUUCAAUGAAACCACUAAAAUUCACAUACACAGGCGCUGCAGUUGUCAGUGUGAGGACCACAGAGGACCUAAAGGAAAGUGUGAGGAUGAAACUUUCCUGGACUCCAAGUGUUUGCAAUGUGACGAGAGUAAAUGCCAUUUUGAUGAAGAUUCAUUUCCGUCCGAGAGUUGCAGGUUACACAAGGACCAACCUGUUUGCAGUGGUCGAGGAGUCUGUAUUUGUGGGAAAUGUGUAUGUCACAAAAUUAAGCUUGGAAAAGUGUAUGGAAAAUACUGUGAAAAGGAUGAUUUUUCUUGUCCAUAUCACCAUGGAAAUCUGUGUGCUGGGCAUGGAGAGUGUGAAGCAGGCAGAUGCCAGUGCUUCAGCGGAUGGGAAGGGGAUCGAUGCCAGUGCCCCUCAGCAUCAUCCCAGCACUGUGUCAAUUCAAAAGGCCAGGUGUGCAGCGGCAGAGGCACGUGUGUGUGCGGCAGGUGUGAGUGCACAGAUCCCCGGAGCAUCGGCCGCUUCUGUGAGCACUGUCCCACUUGUCACACAGCCUGCAGUGAAAACUGGAAUUGUAUGCAAUGCCUUCACCCUCACAAUCUGUCUCAAGCUAUACUUGAUCAGUGCAAAACCUCAUGUGCUCUCAUGGACCAGCAUUAUGGGCAUCAAACAUCAGAAUGUUUAUCUAGCCCAAGCUACUUAAGAAUAUUUUUCAUCAUAUUCAUAGUUACAUUCUUGAUUGGGCUGCUUAAAGUCCUUAUCAUUAGGCAGGCGAUACUACAAUGGAAUAGUAAUAAAAUUAAGUCCUCAUCAGAUUACAGAGUGUCUGCCUCAAAAAAGGAUAAGUUGCUUCUGCAAAGUGUUUGCACAAGAACAGUAACCUACCGCCGUGAGAAACCUGAAGAAAUAAAAUUGGAUAUCAGCAAACUAAAUGCUCAUGAGAAUUUCAGGUGUAACUUCUAAAAAAGAUACAAGAAAACUUUAUGGAAAACUGUAUUUUUUAAAAUAAUUGCUCCUAAAAAAGUAAAAUUGUAAAAGUCACAGGAGGAGAAAAAUUGUUCAAGGUCAUGCCAGUUCCUGGUUGUAUGAAGACUGACAAGCAUCCUCAUUGUCAUGUGACUCACACAGCUGCUGAACUUUUCAGAGAAAAAUGUGUCUUACUACUGUUUGAGACUAGUGUCGUUGUAGCACUUUACUGUAAUAUAUAACUUAUUUAGAUCAGCAUAGAAUGUAGAUCCUCUGAAGAGCACUGAUUACACUUUACAGGUACCUGCCAUUCCUACACAUCCCAGAAAGACACGAUGCUGUGAGACAGGCGAGCCUCGUGUCCCUACAAGGGUGCAAGUCAUUCCUGCCAGAACAUGUGGAUGAAAAACAAAACCUGGUAGUUACAUACCGAAGUGGCCAAAUGCUUCAGCAAUUGGCAGUGACUAGACAAAAACAAUUAGAUGAAUAAAUUGUUGGUGUUUCAUUCAUUCAGGAGGUGAACAGCAUAGAACCUUAAUCAUAAGGGAUACUAUUUUGAGACUGUGUAGUUUGAUGCAUGUGUGUUUAUGUUUCCUUCUUUUCACAAAAUGGAUACUAAUGCCAAUGUUCUUUCUUCUUUGCAUUUAUAUUUUGUUUUUCCUUCUUCCAGGAUAAGUUUAUAUAUAUUGCAGAUGACUGGAUUAAAUAAGUGCUAAGUUACUACUGCCAUAAAAAACGUGUAAUACAAUGUCACUUUAUUAGAAUACUGGUUUUAAAAGCUGAAUGUUAA